AUGGAAGUACCAACCUUUAAAUUGCCUCACAUUCUUCCAUCUUCAAAUAGUUAUACUCAUAGUGAUAGAUCUUUAAAUGUUAAACUCGGUACUAAUUCAUAUGAACAAUGGCGUGCUAAUAUUCAUCGAGAAUUAGAAGAAGAUCUUCAACGACAAGUUCGAGAACUUCUUGAAGAAACUGAACGAGAAGAACGUUUAGCUAAAUUACAACGACAAUUUAUUCGGUAAGUAUUUAACUCAAUUAUUUAAUUCAAUAGAAAUUAUAUUCCAAUUUAUGUUUUUUUUUAUUUACUAGAGACAAAUAAAAAAAAAUAAUCGAAUCGAAAUUAAAAACAAAUAAAAAUAAAAUUUUCUUGACUUUUUUUUAAUCAUAUAAAUAGGAAUUAAAAUUAAUCAACUAGAAUAUAUAUAUCCUGAUAUUAAAAUCAAUUUUAAUAGAUAAUCAACUGUUGAGAAAUUUUAAAAUAAAAAUUUUUUUACCACAAAUCGAAUAAAUCAGAUUUUUUCAUUUCAUUAUAUCUUUAAGAUAAAUUUUAGUGAGCAGAAACUUGUUUGAUUAAAUAUGAACGAUAAGAACGUUUCUUUUAGAAAAAAAAAAUCAUUUUUUUUUUGUUUAUCCUAAAUGAACCCAUAUAGUUAAAAAAUGAUUUGAACGAAUAUUUUUCUAAGUUAAAAAAAAAUUUCAUAGUCGACUAAUAAAUCAACAUCAACAAAAAAAUAAAGAUAAAUAAAUAUUUUUCUUACAACAAAAUUCACAAAUUAAAAAUAAAACUAUAAAAACAAAAUUUAAAAAUAAUAUUCAACUAUAUUCAUUUUAUAUGUAUUAUAGAAAAUUUAAAUCUAUUCAAAAUAAUCAUCUAGAAAUUCUUAUCGUAUAUUGAUUUAAACUUUAUUGAAAAUAUAUUAAUAAACUUCUCAUACAACUUGAAAUUUAUAAAAACAGGAAAGAAAAUUUUCAAAAAAGAAUGCCUUCCUUUUUUUUUUUGUUUUUCUUCGUAUCUAUCAUCUAUCGGAAAUAAAUAGCAACUAACAAGAAAAAAGAAGAAACAAUUUUUAUUUUUUUCUUUUCUUACUAAAAUUUAUUUUAUUUAUUAAAAAAAAAUGUCAGUACUCUUUCGAAUAAAAGGUUUUAAUUUUUA